AUGAGACUUCAUUCCCUUCUUUCUGUCCUCCUCCUUUUUGUGACUAUAAUACCAAAAGCAAGAACUGGCGUUAUUCCAGGAUUGAAACAGUGUGUGCUUUUGAAAGGGGUGUGCAAAGACAAGGGAUGCACCCCCUUGGAUGAUACCAUUGGUGCUUGCAAUGAAGACAAAAAAUGCUGUAGAAAGUGGUGGGUCUUUGUUCCCUAUCCCACCCCAGUUCCCAAAGCAAAAUCUCCUUAG